UUAAGCGCCACUACUCGCGAGAAUUCCGCUACGCAGCAAUAGCGGGACUGUGAGUGCCGCUGACAGAACUCAAGGAAAACGGGCUGGAACAGGUUUGGUCCGAGAUCGGGCUACUGGGGUCCCUCCGAGACACUUUUCCCUGGAGGGCGUGACAGCCGGGGUCAUGAAGCCACUCCGGGGGCCGGACGGCCGCCAGCGACCAAGCUCCCGCCUCUUCCCCAGAUGCCGCGCCACUGCUCGGCCGCCGGCUGCUGCACACGGGAUAGUCGCGAAACGCGCAACCGCGGCAUCUCUUUCCACAGACUUCCCAAGAAGGACAAUCCGAGGCGUAGCCUGUGGCUGGCCAACUGUCAGCGGCUGGACCCCAGCGGCCAGGGCCUGUGGGACCCUGCCUCUGAGUACAUUUACUUCUGCUCCAAACAUUUCGAGGAGAACUGCUUUGAGCUGGUGGGAAUCAGGUGGGCUUCCUUGCCAGCCAGCAUUGGGCAGGGUGUGGGGUGUCAGCAUAGUAUACAGCGGGGCAGCUGUGUCUUGAAGAGGCAGUCCCUGAGCAGCUGCCCUGAGGACAGCUUGCCAGGUGGACAGGCAGCCAUGGUUCCAAAAGUGCUGCUUUCCCUUCCCCUUUGUGUACAGUAAAGCGCACUCCCAGUUUCACUUUGCCAGUUUCACUUUGCCAGUAACACCAGAGAAAAACAGCUGUUCCAGGGAGUGUUCCUCACCCAGGCCUCCCAGCAAGCCCACAAAAAGAAUUCUUUUUGGCUGGUCUGUCCAGCCCUGUUGGUGGAGCUGCUUCAUCCAUCUCAGCUUUAAGAGAUUGGUGGGAUUCUGCCUAACGUGGCAUUGUCUCAAACUUGUUUAUUAUGUGCCUUCCAGCCUGCCACAACCCCAGUACUAGGGAAGCUGUAUUGGGUACCAGAGGGAGAUGGCCCAAGUGGCAGCACUUGUUCUUCAGCUCAUUAGGGCUGCUUUUCCCCCACAGUGGCUAUCACAGGCUGAAGGAAGGGGCAGUUCCCACCAUAUCUGAGUCUUUUUCCAAAUUGCACUGGAUAACCAAGACCAAGGGGCCCAGUUUUCCAAGCGGCCUCCAGAGUUACCUGAUUUGAGAAUGGAAGAAGUGGUAUGUGAUGGGUGCAGUAGUUCCUGCCUAUAAUCACUGCAGUUCAUUAGGCUAAGGCAAGAGGAGUCCAAGUUCAAAGCUAUUCUCAGCAAUUUAACAAGGCCUUAUAUUAAAAAAUAAAAAUGCAUUCAGUGUAAAAUAGAAUAUUCUUGAAUUGUUGGUGAGAAUAAAGUGAGCCCCAAGUAUCUUAAGAGAAUUUAAAAAAAUGCCU